AUGGAACAUCUCAUUGAUGAUGUCGUCAAUCUCAGUCUGCAGCAAUUGCAUCGCUAUGCCAGCGAGCGCCGAACCGUAAGACUCGAUGCAUGGACAAUGUUCUUCGCAUACGAAGUCGUCAGCAGCUUGGCGCUCGGACAAACCACAGGAUUUCUUGAACGCGGUGAGGAUGUGAACGGCAUCAUCGAAUCAAACCACAUGGGAUUUUGGCUGAACUCCAAUGUCGGAUACCUCCCCGGGCAGAGCACAUGGUUCGCCAACUAUUACUUCCUGUGGUUCAUGACCAAGUUAGGUUCGAACUUUGCCGCAAUCAGCGACUGGAUAGAUGGAGCUGUAAAGGAUGGCCGAAUUUCCCAGACGAAUUACACCCCGCGAAGAAGCGACUUACUGCAGUGCUUCUUCGAGAUGACUGAUAUGGAUGGCAAGCCUGCCUCCGACGAGGAGGUAGCUUCUGAGAUUGGCAACGUCCUCGGUGCUGGAGCAGACACUACGGGGACGCUGAUUGUGGCUGCCCUCAGAUAUCUGAUCGCAAAUCCGGAUGAUUACCGGCGUGUGCAGCAAGAAGUUGACAACGAGCAUCGAGAGUCAGGUUUAUCCAAUGAUCAGGAGAUCAAGUAUGCCAGCCUUGCGAAACUGCCCUUUCUCUGCGCCGUGAUACAGGAGUCUUUGCGACUGCACCCUUCAAUAGUGUACCAAUUGCCGAGAGAAUCGUUGACCUCUGCGACCAUGGUUGGCGAUUAUCUGAUUCCGCCAGGUGUGAGUAUCAGCGUGAGCCCUACAGCCGCUAAUCGAUCCACCGAAGUCUUCGGUCUUGACGCCAACACAUGGAGGCCGCAAAGAUGGAUUGAAAAGGACGAAUCUGCAGAUUCAGUACCGUCCCAAGACUCUUUGAUGACGUUCGGGAGAGGCUCUCGGGGUUGUCUAGGGAAAAAUCUGGCGCUUGUCGAAGCCCACAAGUACAUUGCUUCGUUCGUCAGAAACUUCGAAGCGAGUUUCAAAGACCCUGAGUAUCAAGGCAAGAUCAAAAGCUUCUUUUUCGCUAAGAUUGAAGAUGUCGAGGUCGUCCUAGUCAGUCGGCGCCGGCAAUAG